CUGUCAAUCAACACUACUAUUUACUACCGUGCUUAAAAAGAGCGUUCUCGCUUCAACUCCUGGCAUGGCUUCGAUGCUGGUGGCGCUCCCGCCACCGAUACUGUCUACGAUCGUGUUGUUUGCUGUCGAAGGGCUCAGUCUGGACUUGGCACCCUUUAAGACCAAGCUGCCGGUGAAUCGUUUAAGAGAUGUGGCGCUGGUGUGCAAAGCGACCCAUAAAAUAGUGGAAACCAUUAAGAAAAGCUCCAGGAAUGUAGCGUAUUUGGAGCUGCUGGACACCGUCGAAGCCCAAGAGUUUGACGAGAUUGUGGCAGACUUUGGACAAGACGAGGCGGCCAUACGUGACUUUAGCCUCGGAUUGGGACCUUACGAGCCAUGUGAAGGUCCUUACGACCGACGGAAUUUCUAUCCGCACGAGCCAGAUCUGGGAGAUCUAGAUCGAGCGGCUCUUGACUGGGACGCCCUGUUCGGCUGUAUGUCUGGCCUCAAGAGGCUAGAUUUGUCACGAAUCCCUCUAUUAAGUCGACACCUCCCGAACAUUCUAAUUGCCGCGUCGAGACGCUGUCCACACGUGGAAUUCCUGCUCAUGCCUAGAAAAGAAGACUGUUUCUUUGUAGUGAGAGAGCCCAGAAUCCAAGAGUUAUUGGGGGCGCUAAUUGCAGCCUUAGAGACGUGGUUCUUGACUGGAACUUGCGGAGGUUUAAAACAACUCACUAUGCCUACAUGUGACGAGGGCAGCGAACGCAGCAGCACCCACUACAUCGAAGCUGUGACCAGAUUUUGUCCAGGAAUCGAGUAUAUUGAUGGCUUUGAACAAGCGCUGGGCGGCCAAGAAGAUUGUCCCGAUAUGUGGCCAAUCUCCUUGCAAACCUGGCAGAAUUUCAAUGCUUCCUGCACUGCGCUGCGAGUCUUCAACUGGAGUAUCGUGCCAUUCGGCGAUCCGUUCUUUCGUGCGUUUGGAGAGCACGUUAAACCGCAACUGACUUCACUGUCACUUACAGCCAAUAUGAGUUGGAAUUACGAGCACUAUCUUCGCCAAUACCCUGAAUACCCUGGAUCUGCUACGAGGGAGGACGGGUGGGAUACCCAUCCCGACUACGGUACUUCUUGCCACCAUCCUGGCGAGGCAUUACGAGGAUGCCCUGCACUAAAGAAGCUGAUUAUUGAGAUCGAUUACUCGAGAAACGAACACCGAUAUGUGGACCCAUUUGUGUUUGGAGACGAGUUCUGGACAUCGGUGGCUACGCAUUGUCCUAGACUGGAAGCGGUUGAAAUGGUGGACUCGUCGAUGCACCCGCUGUUCAAUAAGAGACCCAUUGACACUUUGACGGAACGCACACUCGUAACUCUUGCUGGAAUGAAGUGGUUACGCUACUGUACCCUUGCCCCGGCUCGACUUACCGGCAAAGCAAUUUUUGAAUAUCUGCGGUGUGUUUCGAGGUCGGAUAGUUGUGUAUCGAAACGCACAAUGGAUUUCAGUAUUGGAGGCCACGAGAAAAACAGACUGGCCAAGUUUUACCGAGAAAUUGUGGCCUUCCUUAAGUUACUCGCAGAGACAAGUGAGGAGGAAUUGGGCGUGGCUACAAACCCCGUUCUGAUCGUUACGAACCCGUACAAUUCCAAGGUGAGACAGGAUUGGAGCGAGAGAUACAUGCGUGAUGAAUUGUUGCCUCUGCUGGAGGCUGUGGCGGAAAACCAUCCGUCCCUGACAAUUCAAGUGCCGAUUGCUGGACGCGAUGGCGACAGUUUCUUUCGAAUUAGUAGACUUUGUCUCGGUUGGGGGCCAGCCAGUAGCAGCGUGAAUUUGUUUGUUGACAUCAGUAACAUGACGGUCGGACGUGACUCGGACAGUGACACCAGCAUCUAUAGUGCUGGUGAGAGCGAAGACGAAGCAAUGAGUGAAGACGAAAGCGAGACAAUGGCCGAAGAUUAGGUACCCUGUUAGACCCAAAACUUGAGCUUAACGGACAAUAGCUAGUGGCAUUCUUGGUAUGCUUGAAAUGCAUGAAUUCUAAUGGUGCUUCCGCUGCAUCGCAA